AAUGUUGAAAUUGCAUUUCCUUGGCAUUUGCGUUCAACGUGACCACAAAGCGGUAUUUCGUGAUAAGCAACAAGAUCUAAAAUAGAUGUGGAGUGCGGCACUGUGCUGAGCAGCAAGCCUCAGAUGUGGUUGCGGAACAUCCCGCCGACAGCAUUACCACGAUAUCACAUUUUCAUAACACCUGUUGACGAUAAUUACCUCUCUGAACAGCUUUGCACAAGAUCCCCUCUAGCAUCCAGAUCAAUAUGGCACAAGCUUUGUUUGAACAAUCCACCGAAGCCACAAAGCACAGGAUGUUUAACGUGAUCAAAUCUCUCAAGCGGGCCCGUUUGGGCUGUUUGCAGUUGGAGGGCAGACGACCGUUCGAAACACCACACUUUCUCGGCAUCACAUCACGAGGAAUAAUCCCGCAUAUCACACAAGACAACUUUGAACACCAGACUGAUAUCUCGGGAGUUUACGUCGCUUUAGAAGACUUCAUCGAACGCGCGCCCAAGAACGUGCCUCCACUAUAUCAGUAUCGCGAUGCGAACAAGUCUUCACCCUUGAGGCGUUUCAUUGCUUUGCCAGAGAAAACGCUUCUAGUUCUUGGGGCGAGACGGACGCCGCCUGUCGCAGCAGCAUUAUCCAACUCGAAUACGGACUCCACAGUAUCGGUCUGCACAUCUGUCGGUUUCCGCACGUUGGAGACAGACCAUUAUGCACGCGCUGUCGAGACCCUUCAAGCAGAUAUCAUUAUCGGGCUUGGCGACAUUCCGUACGAGCGUACAUUGGGCAGCAAAAGGAUAGAGACUGCCACUGAUCGUAAUAUCCAAUGGCUGGAAGAUCACAUUGCCCUACGGAAAUCCUCAAGUCCCACCACAGCAGGAUCAAGUUCGGUGCUGUUUGCAUCUCUGCUCCCAGUGAGAUGCUAUCAGCAGCGAUUCUUCGUCGACCAUCUCGCGGAACGAUUCUCGGACCAGAUUUCCGGUCUAGCAAUAUUUAGCACAGAUACCUUGGAGGAUUUACCAGAAGAGCUUGAAUACCUCCCGCGACUCGCUCUGACUUCGCCGAAUAGCCCUCAUCAGGUUCUGCGACAAAUUUCACUUGGGAUGGAUAUCUUGACGAUGCCUUUCAUCACGACGGCUACUGAUGCAGGCAUAGCCUUGCAAUUCGAUUUUCCCAUACGCAAGGAAGCACACCAGGAUGCUGCGACAGAUGUUCAAUCACUGCCGCUAGGUCUCGAUAUGUGGUCAGCCGAACACGUAGUUGAUCUUUCGCCCUUGAGCGAAGGUUGCAAGUGCUACGCAUGCACCGCCCACCACCGGGCUUUCAUCCAGCAUCUCCUCAUGGCUAAGGAGAUGCUCGGCUGGGUGCUUAUACAAAUUCAUAAUCACCACGUCUUGGAGCGCUUCUUCCAUGGCAUCAGGGAAAGUCUGGCAGCCGAAACAUUUGAACAUGACGUGAUAGACUUUACACGAAAGUAUGAAAGCCAUCUUCCUGAGAAAACAGGCCAAGGACCAAGGUAUGUAUUCAAAGCUGAUCAUGCGCGAGAACAACGAUAAGAUGAGUGGUCGCCCAAACUAACCUCGUGGGAAAAUUAGAAUGCGAGGAUAUCAAUUCAAAUCCGAAGGCCCUGGCGAAGCCAAGAAGAAUCCCGUGACUUUCACACCGCUGAACGAGAGAGCCGAAAAACAGAGCGAGGCAGCAGCUGCGCGACGGAAGAAGCGGGAAAACGCAGUGAU